AUGUCUAAACCGUUGUCUGACCACGAUAGAAGGAAACAGAUUUCAGUGAGAGGCCUUGCCGGCGUCGAAAACGUUUCAGAUCUGAAGCAAAACUUCAACAGGCAUCUCCACUUUACUCUGGUCAAGGACAGAAAUGUGGCAACCAGAAGGGAUUACUACUUUGCGCUUGCCCACACAGUGCGCGACCACUUGAUUGGCAGGUGGAUCAGAACCCAGCAGUACUACUAUGAGAAAGACCCUAAACGUGUGUAUUACAUCUCCCUCGAGUUCUACAUGGGUCGCACUCUGCAGAACACCAUGGUGAACCUCGGACUGGAGAACGCCUGUGACGAGGCCAUGUACCAGUUGGGUCUGGAAAUGGAGGAGCUGGAGGACAUAGAGGAAGAUGCAGGUUUGGGUAAUGGUGGCCUGGGUCGCCUUGCAGCCUGUUUCCUGGACUCCAUGGCUUCACUGGGCCUGGCUGCCUAUGGUUAUGGUAUCCGCUAUGAAUUUGGUAUCUUCAAUCAGAAAAUUGUCAAUGGCUGGCAGGUCGAGGAGGCCGAUGACUGGCUGCGCUACGGCAACCCUUGGGAAAAAGCACGUCCUGAGUACAUGCGCCCAGUUCACUUCUAUGGCAGGACCGAGCAUCACCCCGAUGGCGUCAAAUGGGUUGACACUCAGGUAGUGCUGGCUCUGCCUUAUGACACCCCUGUCCCAGGCUACAGAAACAACAUUGUCAACACCAUGAGGCUGUGGUCUGCAAAGGCACCGUGCGAGUUUAACCUGAAAGACUUCAAUGUCGGUGGCUACAUUCAGGCUGUUUUGGACAGAAACCUGGCGGAGAACAUCUCCCGUGUGCUGUAUCCCAAUGAUAAUUUCUUUGAAGGAAAGGAGCUCCGUCUGAAGCAGGAAUACUUUGUGGUGUCUGCCACCCUGCAAGACAUCAUCCGCCGUUUCAAGGUCUCUAAGUUUGGCUCCAGGGAGAUUGCUCGCACAGACUUCAGCAAACUGCCUGACAAGGUUGCCAUCCAGCUGAAUGACACUCACCCAGCCAUGGCUAUUCCUGAGCUGAUGAGGGUUCUUGUUGAUGAAGAGAAGCUGAACUGGGAAAUGGCCUGGGACAUCUGUGUGAGAACCUGUGCCUACACCAAUCACACGGUUCUCCCUGAAGCUCUGGAGCGCUGGCCAGUCGAACUGUUUGCUCAUCUGCUGCCCCGUCAUCUGGAAAUAGUCUAUGAGAUCAACCGCCGCCACCUGGAGAGAGUUGCUGCUAAGUACCCCGGCGAUGUGGAUCGCCUUCGCCGCAUGUCCCUCAUUGAAGAAGGCGGACAGAAGAGGAUUAACAUGGCCCAUCUGUGCAUUGUGGGUUCCCAUGCCGUCAAUGGCGUGGCUCAGAUCCACUCGGACAUCCUCAAAGCUACAGUCUUCAAGGACUUCUAUGAAAUGGAGCCACAUAAGUUCCAAAACAAGACCAACGGCAUUACUCCUCGCCGCUGGCUGGUUAUGUGCAACCCCGGGCUGGCCGAGGUCAUUGCCGAGAGAAUUGGGGAGGACUUCAUUCGUGACCUUGACCAGCUGAGGAACCUCGUCAAGUUUGUGAAUGAUGAGGCUUUCAUUCGUGAUAUUGCCAAAGUGAAACAGGAAAACAAAAUGAAAUUCGCUGUGCACCUGGAGGAGCACUACAAGGUGAAGAUAAACCCCAACUCCAUGUUUGACAUUCAAGUCAAGAGAAUCCAUGAAUACAAGAGACAGCUGCUCAACUGCCUGCACAUCAUCGCUUAUUACAACCGCAUCAAGAAGGAUCCCAACAAGCAGUGGACCCCAAGAACUAUCAUGAUUGGAGGAAAGGCUGCUCCUGGAUACCACACUGCCAAAAUGAUUAUCCGCCUGAUCACGGCUAUCGGUGAGGUGGUCAACAAUGAUCCUGUGGUUGGAGACCGUCUGAAAGUAAUCUUUUUGGAGAACUACAGAGUCACACUGGCAGAAAAAGCCAUCCCUGCUGCUGACCUGUCAGAGCAGAUCUCUACAGCUGGAACUGAGGCCUCUGGCACCGGCAACAUGAAGUUCAUGCUGAACGGCGCCCUGACCAUUGGCACCAUGGACGGGGCCAAUGUGGAGAUGGCAGAGGAGGCCGGUGAAGAAAACUUCUUUAUCUUCGGCAUGAGGGUGGACGAUGUCGAGGCCCUUGACAAGAGAGGGUAA